AUGUCGAGCGGGAGGCUUUGCGGCUUCACGCCAAUAACGUUCUGUCGCAAGCUCUCAAGAUUACAGGUUGCAAGAGGGCUUGCUCUAAAGAAACUUAUCAAGGGCAAACACGAUUUUAGACGUGUAUCAACAUCAAAGAACAAUCCCGAAGAAAAGAAGAGUAAAAAGAUCAAAAGCACAAAGAUCAAAAGCAAAGCUUCACAGACACCUUCCGUCGCAGAAGCCUCUCCAAAGAGCUUCAAAUCUCCAAAACAAGCUACUGCUUCAGGCAGCGCGGUGUCUCCUUUGUCGGUAAAGAAUAAACCUAACACACCGAGACACAACGAUCUCGAAGGUUCUUCACCAAAAUGUACAGCAAAUUUCAUAUUAAUGGUGGAACUGAGGAAGAACAUCUUCUCUUUCAGAGAUAUGAUUGAUUUGCCUUCUCUUGAUGGUUCUCUAUCUGUCACAGAGAUCAUAACACAUACAAUGAAGGAUCUACAAAAGCUUUCUCCAGAGAUUGUAACCAUUAACCAAUCUUUUGACAUGGAAGGAGCUGAGAUGGAUAAGAUGUUGAUUUUCUUCUACGAGGAUCUCAGAGCCAUUGGUGAUUCUUGGAUCAUGGAUAGUGACUGGAUUUAUAGAUCAAAGUACAGGAACAGUGGAGUUGGCAAGAACAAGUCAGAUCGUCUUGUGGAGCAUGUUUUGGCAGCACUUGAUGGGCUCAUCAAGAUGACAAAAGAAAGGUUUGGUAUGAUGGAUCAUGACUCUGAUGGAAGAAAGAGUUUCAAAGGUGUUCCAUCAGAAGCAAGAAGAAGCUUUAGAAGAUCUGUGUCUUAUUCAGAAAGUAACAACUCUUUCUUCCCUUCUCCACUAACACCGAGAUCGGUGAUUCCUGGUACGAUGAUGUCUAGUAGUAGCUCAACAUCUCCGAGUCUUUGGAACUUAAGAGCUCAAGCUUUGGAUAAGUUAAGCCCUAUUGAUUUGAAGCAGCUCGCCAUGCGGAUAUUGUCACGUAGAGAUUCAGAGAGUAUUACUGAUCUUGAUCUUAAGAAUAUUAUAGAAGAAGAACAAGAAGAGAGUGAGAAACUAGGAGAGGAUGAUGAAGAUAACAACUCCUCUGUUUUAGAAACAGAGCAUGAAUUUGAAACAGGGGAUCAUAGCAAAACUUCUGAAACAGAGCAUGUAAGUGAUACAGAGCAUGAGACUGAAACAGAGCAUCAUAUUGACAUUUCUGGAACAGAGCAUGUGAGUGAAAGAGAGCAUCAUAACCAAGGUUCUGAAACAGAGCAUGAGGAUCAUAGUGAAACCACAACUUCAGAGACUGACUCAACAGAAUCUUUUCAAGAAGCAAUCUCAGUAACUAAACUGGCACCACCUUCUCCACCACCACCACCACCGUCUCCGCCGCCACCGUCUCCCUCACCCUCAUUUCUCAAUAAGAAAGCUACUCCUCUCUCACAACCACCACCACCACCACCUCCAUCAUCACCACAGCCUGGAAGAAAAAGUCUUUCUCCUCCACCACCGCCGCCACCUUCAAGAAGACAUGACUCUGGAGAUAAUAGUCCAACCACGCCGGCACCUCCAGCACCACCGGGUAGCGGAAGAACCUUGCGUGGCAAGAGAACAACUAGCAAACUCAAAAGAUCAGCACAGAUUGCUAACCUCUAUUGGGUUCUCAAAGGGAAGCUCGAAGGCCGUGGCGUCGAAGGGAAACCAACAAAAGCAUGUAAAGGGCAACAUAAUGUUCCAGAGAAAUCUCCUGUUAAAGGUGGUAGGUCAGGAAUGGCUGAUGCACUUGCAGAGAUGACAAAAAGGUCAAGUUAUUUCCAGCAGAUCGAAGAAGAUGUUCAGAAAUACGCAAAAGCAAUCGAAGAAUUGAAAUCUUCAAUACAAAAGUUUCAGACAAAAGAUAUGAAAGAACUUCUUGAAUUUCAUUGCAAAGUGGAGUCUGUUCUUGAGAAACUAACUGAUGAAACACAAGUUCUUGCGAGGUUUGAAGGUUUCCCUGAGAAGAAACUAGAGGCCAUAAGAACAGCUGGUGCCGUGUACAAGAAGUUAGAUGGGAUUCUACUUGAGCUCAAGAACUGGAAGAUUGAGCCGCCACUAAACGAUCUUCUUGACAAGAUAGAACGUUACUUCAACAAAUUCAAAGGAGAAAUUGAAACAGUGGAAAGAACAAAAGAUGAAGAAGCUAAAAUGUUUCAGAGACACAACAUUAAUAUCGAUUUCGAAGUUCUUGUUCAAGUCAAAGAAACUAUGGUUGAUGUUUCAUCAAACUGCAUGGAGUUAGCACUAAAGGAGAGGAGAGAAGCCAACGAGGAGGCGAAGGACAGUGAAGAAAGCAAGAUGAAUCAUGUGAAGGAAGAGAGAGCUAAAAGGCUAUGGAGGGCUUUUCAGUUUGCUUUCAAGGUUUAUACAUUUGCAGGAGGUCAUGAUGAACGAGCAGAUCAUUUAACAAGACAACUUGCACAUGAGAUUCAGACAGAUCCUGAUCAAACCGAUUCAUCGAACAUGUCCUAA